AUGACACGAGCAAAGAAUUCUCCUGUAACACACCGGCGUCGAAAAAAAGUUUUAAAACAAGCCAAAGGUUAUUUUGGUUCCAAACAUAAAUUAUUCAGAACGGCCAAAGAGCAAGUAAUGAAAUCUUUGGCUUAUGCUUAUCGGGACCGAAAACAACGAAAACGAGAUUUUCCCCAAAUUAGAUUAGACCGUAAACAGUUAUCCGAAAUGGCUAUUGACCGACCGCAACAUUUCGAGGCACUAAUUAGUAAAGUUCAAAAUCCUUGUUAG